GCGGAUUUGACGUUUUGAUGGUCAUCGCGAUUUUUUUGGUUAAGUCCCCGCAGUUCCAAACUCUUGCCCCAUUUGCCAACAUUCCCAAUGACGGUGAAUCUGUCCAAGAACCGCGAGGCUAUCGUAGCAGCCUGGCAGGAUGUCCUGGACGACAAAACAGACACGGAUUGGGCGUUGUUCGGCUACGAGGGUCAGACGAAUGAUUUAAAAGUCGUGGGUACUGGCAAUGGGGGUAUCCAGGAGCUGAAUGAGGAUCUAAAUAGUGGGAAAAUCAUGUAUGCCUUCGUACGGGUGCAGGACCCUAAAACAUCCCUCUCCAAGAAUAUCCUCAUCAACUGGCAGGGUGAAGGUGCUCCGGUACUGCGCAAGGGAACAUGUGCCAAUCACACGAGAGAUGUUGCAAACCUUCUAAAGGGUGCUCAUCUCACAAUUAAUGCCCGGCUGGAAGAUGACGUCGAUGAGGAGAGAAUUCUGCAGAAGCUGAGCCUUGUGGGGUCGGCGUAUAGCUUCAAGGAACCCCGAAGGGUGGAAGAACCCCAACGUGGUCCCGUGGGCACCACAUAUACUCGUGUCAUUCCCGCCAAGGAGAUUAAUGCCGCGGAAAGAGAUAAUUUCUGGCGCCGCGAGGAGGAGGAGGAGAAGAAACGUGUUGAAGUGGAGCGUGAAAGGAAGCGUUUGGAGGUGCUCAAAGUGGAGGAGGAGCGUCGUCAGCGUGAAGAACGGGAGCACAGUGAGAGGGAAAAGAGGACUGUUAUGCCGGAGGCGAAGAGCCCCCCAACGUCUCCUGCUGCCGAAGCCGCCACAUUGAUUGCCUCCAAAUCUAGCCAACCGAUGGAAUCUCCCGUACGCACUCAAACAAGUGCGGAAAUGAUGAGGCAGCAACGGAAUCAGGAGGCACGGGAAUUGAUUGGAUCCCGUGUGGGGCAGGCAAAGGCAAUAUUCUCACAAAAUACGACGAAUGUUCCGGUUACAAAAGCAUCAGCUCCUGUGAAGCCUGCUCGAAAUUCCCUGGCACAGCGUAUAAAUUCCCUGAAUCAGCAACAGGAAGAGAGUGUGCCGGAAAAUUUGCCAACAAAUGGGCAGGCGGCAGUGCCACAGAAUCCACCACAUGGAUUCGAAGCGGAAGAAGAGCAAUUUAGCACAAUUAAGCGAUCACCCCAUACGAAAAGUGUGGAACAGACCCCCGUUGAGGAGGCCAAGCCCCUGCCAGCUGCAUCAUCAUCCCCCGUGGAGUCUCCCAAGGAAGACCAAGCCACCGUGGAGAGUAUCCUUACGGAUGCUGGGCUCCGUGCUGUGGCCCUGUAUGACUACCAAGCAGCCGAUGAGACGGAAAUUAAUUUCGAUCCCGGCGAUGUGAUCACACACAUUGAUCGCAUUGAUGAAGGAUGGUGGCAGGGGCUUGGUCCUGACGGCAGCUAUGGGCUCUUCCCGGCAAACUAUGUGCAGCUACUCGAAGAAAACUAAAUGCAAAGAAAAAAAUCCGUAGUGGUCGAUUUUUUACAACACGAAUUAAUAAUUAUAUAGGACAACAAUCACACUACACCCCUAAACUAGGGUCCCCCCUCAUCAGCUAAUCAAACAUUUUUAUCUCUUUUUUUAAGUACUUUUUACACAGUAUUUUUUUUUCUAAUUUUUAACACUGAAAGAAUUAUUUUCAUUUUUUUUUCAACUGCAAUUCGUUAAUAUUCGGCGCACAAAACUUGAUCAACUAUGUUUAUUGUAAUAAUGUUAUUGGCAAUCCCAAGUAUUCCUCGUCUAUAUAUUUAGAAAGAUUAUGUAUACAAUUAAAUAAAUGUGAAAACAUGCAAAAGAAA